UUCCACGGCGGUUGUCAGUCAGUCAGUCACUGGAUGGACCACGCUGCUCUCUGCAUCGGCCCGCCCGACUCCGUCAGGCAGCCUGCGAUCUCUAGAUCCCGCCUGCUGCCCAAGACACACUCUGCCGUCAAGCUAGUUCCCUGCAUAGCGUGGUGCUUUGAGUGUUACACCCGAAAAAGUUUGUGCCUGCAGGCAACAGAAGGAUGGAGCAUCCUUCAUGUACAGUUCGUUGAGGGCUGGAGAUGUGUCAGCCUGGAGGAGGAGGAAGAGGAGGAGGAGGAGGAGGAGGAGGAGGAAGAGGAAGAGGAAGAGGAAGAAGAAGAAGAAGAAGAAGAAGAAGAAGAAGAAUAUAGAAUAUAGAAACUUGAUACUGACUGGACAAUCUAAAUUGUUCACAAAUAGCCCAAAAAAAAGAAAAUGUCAUUUAAAAUUUGAUGAGCAAUGUCAGUAAUAUGAAUUCACUUUCAUUUUGGGUUUUCUCCUGGUGCUCAGGUU